AUUCAGCGCAGUGCGAGCGACUGAGUGGCCGCAUCAGCACCACUAGCUGUAGCAUCUUGAAGCUGACGUGUGGCUUGUGGCUGCCGUAGCAUCUCCAUCGGUUGUACAUAGGAGGGGCUGGCGGGGAGGUGUGACAGCACACGCAUGCCGCGGUGGAAAGCCGAGGGGAGCUAGUCGGGGGGCUCGACGGGGGGCUCGGGGGACAAGAGGGAACGGGGACGACUGGUAGCAGCAGAAGAAGUGUAGCAGCAGCGGCACCAUGGCGCAAGCCGCCAAGCAGCUCCGCAAGACCAAGGACCUCGCCGAGGCCGCCGCCCAGGAGCAGCGGGAGAAGGAGGAGGACAAGAUCAAAAAGAGGAAUCGAUCCAGGGAUCGCAGGCGCAAGGCUGAUGCAUCCACCAGUUUUCUGCGCGCCGCUCGUUCAGGCAACCUGGACAAAGCUCUGGAUCACAUCAAGAAUGGCAUCGAUAUCAAUAUAGCUAAUCAGAACGGUCUCAACGGGUUACAUCUAGCCUCUAAAGAAGGUCACGUAAAAAUGGUCCUGGAGCUCCUCCAUUCAGGCAUCGAACUAGAAGCCACAACCAAGAAAGGCAACACUGCUCUGCAUAUCGCGGCACUGGCAGGCCAGGAAAAAGUGGUGGCUGAGCUUGUCAAUUAUGGAGCCAACGUUAAUGCCCAGUCACAUAAAGGGUUCAGUCCUCUCUAUAUGGCAGCACAGGAAAAUCACCUCGAGGUGGUCAAGUUCCUGCUGGAGAACGGCGCCAAUCAGAGUCUCCCCACCGAGGACGGCUUCACCCCUCUGGCAGUGGCCCUGCAGCAGGGCCAUGAAAACGUCGUAGCACUGCUCAUCAACUAUGGCACCAAAGGCAAGGUCCGCCUCCCCGCACUGCACAUCGCCGCCCGAAAUGACGACACACGCACCGCCGCUGUGCUCCUGCAGAAUGACCCCAAUCCUGAUGUUCUCAGCAAGACCGGUUUCACCCCUCUACACAUCGCAGCCCACUAUGAGAAUAUGAGCGUAGCCCAGCUGCUGCUAAACAGAGGAGCCAACGUAAACUUCACCCCGAAGAACGGCAUCACACCACUUCACAUCGCCUCCAGGAGGGGCAAUAUGAUGAUGGUCCGACUCCUGCUGGACAGAGGGGCCCAGAUCGAUGCCAAAACCAAGGAUGAAUUGACUCCCCUUCACUGUGCAGCUCGAAACGGACACGUUCGCAUCAUUGAGAUCUUGCUAGAACACGGUGCUCCCCUCCAAGCUAAGACCAAGAAUGGUCUGUCACCCAUCCACAUGGCAGCUCAGGGGGAUCACAUGGACUGCGUGAGACAGCUUCUCCAAUACAACGCAGAAAUCGAUGACAUCACACUGGACCAUUUAACGCCUCUUCAUGUAGCGGCCCAUUGUGGUCACCAUCGUAUGGCCAAAGUUCUUCUGGACAAGGGAGCCAAAGCUAACGCUAGAGCUCUGAAUGGCUUCACACCGCUCCAUAUUGCAUGCAAGAAGAACCACAUGCGGUCAAUGGACUUGCUCCUCAAACACUCUGCUUCCUUAGAAGCCGUCACAGAGUCUGGCCUCACUCCUCUCCAUGUAGCAGCUUUCAUGGGUCACCUGAACAUAGUGAAGAACCUGCUCCAGAGAGGGGCUUCACCGAAUGCUUCCAAUGUGAAAGUGGAGACCCCCCUCCAUAUGGCCUCCAGAGCAGGACACUGUGAAGUUGCCCAGUUUCUCCUGCAGAACUCAGCGCAAGUGGAUGCCAAGGCGAAGGACGACCAGACCCCCUUGCACUGUGCAGCCCGUAUGGGACACAAGGAGCUGGUCAAGCUGCUUCUUGAACACAAGGCCAACCCGGACUCGUCUACCACGGCGGGGCACACCCCCUUGCACAUCGCGGCGCGGGAAGGACACAUUCAUACCAUUCGGAUCUUGUUAGAUGCUGGAGCGCAGCAGAUCAAAAUGACUAAGAAAGGCUUCACGCCCCUCCACGUGGCCUCUAAAUACGGAAAGGUGGACGUAGCAGAGCUCCUUCUCGAGAGAGGCGCCAAUCCCAAUGCGGCCGGCAAAAACGGUCUGACGCCCCUUCAUGUGGCGGUUCACCACAACAACCUGGAUGUUGUAAAACUUCUCGUCAGCAAGGGAGGAUCGGCCCACAGCACUGCCCGAAACGGUUACACGCCUCUCCAUAUAGCAGCCAAGCAGAACCAGAUGGAGGUGGCCAGUUGCCUGCUGCAGAACGGGGCGUCGCCCAAUUCCGAAUCCCUGCAAGGCAUCACGCCGCUACACUUGGCCUCACAGGAGGGACGGCCUGACAUUGUGGCACUACUCAUUUCCAAGCAAGCCAAUGUCAAUCUAGGAAACAAGAAUGGAUUGACCCCUCUCCAUCUGGUGGCUCAAGAGGGUCACGUGGGCAUCGCCGACACACUGGUCAAGCAGGGAGCGUCCGUUUAUGCCGCUACACGGAUGGGCUACACGCCCCUUCACGUGGCCUGUCACUAUGGUAACAUCAAAAUGGUCAAGUUCCUACUGCAGCAGCAGGCACACGUGAAUAGCAAAACACGGAUGGGCUACACUCCUUUGCACCAAGCAGCUCAGCAAGGUCACACUGAUAUCGUCACGUUGCUGUUAAAAAACGGAGCCCAGCCUAACGAGAUUACAUCGAACGGAACGUCUCCACUGGGCAUCGCAAAGCGUCUCGGUUACAUCUCCGUCAUCGACGUGCUUAAACUGGUGACCGAGGAAUCCGUCUCCGCGAUCACAGCCGAAAAGCAUCGGAUGAGUUUUCCCGAGACGGUGGAUGAGAUUUUGGAUGUCUCUGAGGAUGAAGGGGUCGCCCAGCUAACGUUAGGCGACGAGUUGCUCGGAAUGGACGGCGCACGCUAUUUGAAGCUUGAUGACUUUAAAGAUCAGGACGAUGACUUCCUAUCCCCAAAGAAGACGCUUCGAGAUUUCGAAGGUGGUAUGGGGACCACGCCCUACUCUCCCGCCAUUCCCAGGAUUCCUUGCGUGUCGCCCGAAACAGUUCUCCUUGAUCAACACACCCCCAUACCGCUCCCAAAGGAGUAUGACGAAGACUCUCUCAUCCCGAGCAGUCCGGCUACAGAAACUUCAGACAACGUCAGCCCGGUGGCCAGCCCCAUUCACACCGGCUUUCUAGUGAGCUUCAUGGUAGACGCCCGUGGAGGUUCCAUGCGAGGCAGCAGACAUCACGGCCUGCGAGUGAUCAUCCCUCCUCGGACCUGCGCCGCGCCGACCCGCAUCACAUGUCGCUUGGUUAAACCUCAGAAGUUGACCACCCCCCCUCCCCUGGUGGAGGGCGAGGGGCUCGCCAGCCGGAUCAUCUCGCUGGGUCCAUCCAGUAUGCAGUUCCUUGGGCCAGUUAUAGUGGAGAUCCCCCACUUUGCCUCACUGGCCCGAGGGGACCGUGAGCUCGUGGUCCUCCGCAGUGAAAACGGCUCGGUCUGGAAAGAGCACCGAAAUCGCUAUGGCGACGAAGUGCUGGAAACAAUUCUGAACGGCAUGGAUGAAGACCUGGAAAGUCAAGAGGAGCUGGAAAAGAAGCGGAUUCGUCGAAUCAUCUCCACCGACUUCCCCCUCUACUUUGCCGUGGUGUCCCGCGUUCAGCAAGAGAGCGAUCUGAUUGGUCCAGAGGGCGGGCGGCUGACCAGUAAACUGGUGCCGCAUGUUGACGCCAUCUUUCCCGAGACGGCUGUCACCAAAAGAGUGAGACUGGGACUGCAGGCCCAACCCAUCCCUGACGAAUUGCUGACUCGGCAUCUCGGCAACCAGGCGACCUUCAGCCCCGUGGUCACCAUCGAACCACGCAGGCGCAAGUUCCACCGUCCGAUCGGGCUGCGUAUUCCUCUUCCUCCAUCCUGGCGAGAGAGUCCUCGUGAUGCCGGCGAGGGCGACACCACCAGCUUGCGCCUCCUCUGCAGUGUCAUUGGUGGGACGGCACCUGCUCAGUGGGAGGACAUCACCGGGACAACCAAGCUGAUGUACGCUAACAGCUGUGCCAACUUUACAACCAAUGUCUCUGCAAGAUUUUGGCUAGCAGAUUGUCCCCGCACCGCAGAGGCCGUGACCUUCGCUAACCUUUUGUAUCGGGAACUGAUGUCCGUGCCUUAUAUGGCAAAGUUUGUUAUCUUUGCAAAGAUGAACGAGGCGCGGGAAGGACGCCUGCGUUGUUACUGCAUGACCGAUGACAAGAUGGACAAGACGCUGGAGUUGCAUGAAAACUUCACCGAAGUGGCACGGAGUCGAGACAUUGAGCUGAUGGAGGGCAUGCCGCUGCAUCUGGAAUGUUCCGGCAACCUGGUGCCUAUCAGGAAGGCCACACAGCAGCCUCGCACCUUCAGCUUCCAGGCCUUCAGAGAUAACCGGCUGCCUGUUUCUGUCAAGGUCCGAGACAGCAACAAGGACGCCACGGGGUUUUUGUCCUUCCUGAGAAAGUGCACCAAGUAUGAGGAUGCGCAGCAUGUCUUAUGCAACCUCAACAUAGCAAUGCCGCCCUGUAUCAAGGUGGCUGGAAGUGAAGAACGCAGGCGGACUUUAACACCUCUCGCCCUGAGGGAACGCUACGGUGCUCUGAACGAGCCCGGUUUGGCCGCAGUAAAUGCAAUGGAGAGGACUGAGGUGAAGAUCAAUCUCAUAUCAGAGCAACUUGGUUUAAGUUGGGCAGAGUUGGCACGAGAGCUUCAGUUUGGCGUCGAUGACAUCAAUAGGAUCCGCGUGGAGAAUCCCAACUCUUUGCUGGACCAGAGCUCCGCCUUGCUCAACCUCUGGGCUGCUAGAGAAGGCAAGAGGGCAAAAAUGGAGAGCCUGUACAUUGCUUUGAAGAACAUCGACCGUGCAGACAUCGUGAGCUCCCUGGAGGGUCAGCCCUCACAACUACUACCUGGCUCUUUGGAGGAAGGCGCUUGCCGACUGGGCGAUCGUGACUCCACCUUGCUUUCACCCAGCGUUCUCAAUGAGGUGACGGACACAAGGCCCUCGCGCCUGGUGCACAAGCCACGAGUUAUUAGACCCCCGUUUUUCAGGAGGGGUUAUGGGCUGGUUCAGGAGGAGCUGCUGUCUCCGGCCUCCAUGCAAUACAGUUUGCCUUCUCCUCUCGAUGCAGAGCCCUACUGGCAGGAUGUGUCCAGUCUGCAGUGCGCCCCCAUCGCCGCCACAGAAGAAGACACCUUGAUGGAGAUGUCGGACGUCCAGGUGUGGCCGGCGGGGGUCAGCCCCUCGUUGGUUACGGUGGAGGACUCGUCAUUGGACGGCAGCAGUCGAGCGGACGACUCGGAAGGCGCCACGCUUUCCCUUCCCUGCAGUUUGGGCCGGCCCAGCAGCGGAGCGAGCGGGGCGAGCGGCUCCCUUAUGGAGCUGGAGGAGGAAGAGGAGGAGGAAGAGGAGGAAGGGGAGGUUGAGGAGGAGGAGGAGGCGCCACUGGAGCCCAUGAGCGCGCUGGCGGAAAGGGACCGGGUCAGAGCCAGUGGCGCCGUUCCCAAGGUCAACUUGAAUGGCCAGCUGGGUGGUCAGAGGUCGGACGGGAGGAGAGGGGAGGCUCCCGUGGCGGGAGGAGGAGCCAAAAGAGGCGGGGCGGGGCUUAGUUCAGCGGAAGGCAUUUGUGUUCUUUCAGGCCUGCAGAUGUACGGCCAUCCCGAGAUGUCCCCGUUGAGUCGAGCGGGCGAGCACAAUGGAGACAACCGGUUGGUCGGGGGCGGAGCUUUUCAACCCUACUUACCCGACAAGGAUUCCCUGCAGGGCUGGGUGGGCUCGGUAUCGUCGGGCCGGGACAACAACACUCCGGGCCAGGAAGCUCUGCUGACUCCGAGAGAGGACAAAGAGGACUAUGCUGCUGACGAGCAUGGGAGGGUGCUUCAUCGGAAGGUGGGGGCGGAUGUGAGAAGGGCCGCACAGUCGGUGCAGCGCACCAGUCUUCGGAGGGUUAAAUACUGAAACACAACACACACAACCUGGUCCAUGAGGACAAGAGAGCCACUGCCAAAGCUUCCUCCACAAAACCACAUUCGGAGCGCAAAGGAAAGUGAGCGACGACACACAGACUACCAAAACAAGGAGUUACCUAAGCCCUCCACAUGUGAAACACUUCCAGAGGAAAAACAAAAUGUGUUGAAGAGAUCAACUUGUAGUUUUAUAACAUUUGUAAAGUAUCACUUCAACUAAAGCAUGAGCGUUUUUUUUUUUCUACAAAACAACCCCCCCGCCCAAAGAAAAAAAAAACAAAAAACAGCAAAUGUCACUGAACUAAGACGACAAAAAGUGCUUCCUGUGAACUGUAACUGCAUGAUGACCGCUGGUGCAUGACUUUGACCUUUUGAACUCUCAUUAUCCACAAGCUGAAGAGGGAAGGCCCACAUUUGGGUCAUGUGACCUUUUAAUGACUCAAUUGCAAAUCCGCAGCCCCAAAACAGGAGUACCCCCCCCCCCCCCACAACGACGGCCUCCGCCACUGCUUCUUUCCAUGGACCUUUUUUUUUUUGUUCUGUGCGCUUGUGGUAAAUAUGCACUCUGCUAUGUGGACGUGUGUCGCCGUACGUAUGUGUGGGGUGUCUUCUCUGCCGCAUGCCUUUCUCGCUGAGCCCUAACCCCUGAUUGGCUCAAAGGCCCUGUGAUGUCAGCACUUGGAAAGAGAGCUUGCUUUUGAGUGUCCUGUCCUUGUGUGUGCUAAAUUGUUGUUGUUGUUAUUUUUGCCCCCACGAAAAAAAAAUUCCUCGUGUUACGAGCUGAUAUAUUUUUAUUUUGAAGGGGGUUGAUUACUUUCCAUAACGCAGAGUCAUCUGUGUAGCUGACAUCAUCUCUCCCAAAACAGUAGCCGCACUUGAUAUGCAGAAUACGCUUCCGCACCUCUUUCCCCAUCACCUUGGCUGCAGGAUGUGUCCCAAAAAAAAAAAAAAAUGGAGGACAGUACAGUAUUGUGCUAUGAUGACGUGUGAUUGUGCAGGCAGCACUGUGAUUGUCAUCAUGCUCCCCGUCCCCAGACUCGUGAUGUUGUCGUCACAAAGUAAAGCACACGCAAUCGAAAUGAUUACGGACAGGUCAGGGUGUCGGAUCGUGUGAACUCGCCGCAGCAAUAAAAUCCAAAACAAGCGUGAUGAGCGCCGCUAUAGGAAGUUCUGCAUAUGUUUUUUUUGUCAUCGCCUCUUUGAUAACACACAAAAAAAAAAAACGCGGGCUGCCUCGACCUUGACGUGAGUGAGUCAGCGAGAAAACGCUGACACGGAAUUAGUUCAGGGGGAUAUCAGUGUGGGAUUGCAGACGCCUGAGAGAUUUGCAUCUGUAUUUGACAGCAUUUAGCAUAUCAAGCAGUGUUAUGUUGCAGUAGCCAAUACAAUGAUUAAAUAUCAUUUGUUAAGUUUUCUCUGAGUUUAAGUAUGUGAAUUUAGAGCAGGGGUGGGGAACCUGAUGUAAUAUUAUGGAGUAUUGGGAUUAAAAUUUAACGGACGUAUGUAUCAUAAAAAGAGUUGGAAGCAGGUAUCCCAAACAGAUUUUCUUUCAUUUUUUUUUUGGCCUGUGCCAUCCAAUAUGAGCCAAUGUUUGAUAAUUAUGGCGGAAAGCAGCUUUAAUUUGUUUUUAGGAUUGACUAAUGGGCUGAAUCAAAUUCUCUUGUGGCUCGCUUGUGGCUGAUGAGUUCUCCACCCCUUCCCUAAACAAAUCUUGGUAAACUAAUUUUCCUCUGAAUUAUUAUUUUUUUAUUAACGCAGAAACCUGAUGUUGUCAUAUCAUGGUAGCACACGCGCACUGACCAUCACUACACAAAAUAUGUAUCCCAUAAGUACUGUAAGUGCUACUGUAGCCUGACUGACUGAAUGAAUGAGCACACAUUUCACUUUUCUUUUCUUUUUACAUGGCCAGUGCAUGCACUAUAUUUGCCAAAUAUCACGUUUUCACUGGUAACAUGCCACUCAGGUUUUCAUUUCUGAAAUUAGAAAGUGUUUUUAUUUCUUGUGCAGGGCCCUACUGAUUGAGUGCGAAUUGUUUUUGGGUGAGAGACUAUUUUGUCUGUUUAGCUUUUUGGGGGUCAGGGGUAUAGGUGAAAUAUGAUGUUUUGCGUGUGAAAGAACAAGCAUGUCACUUGAAAAGAUAGCGUAACGCCCAAUGAUGUAAUUUAAAGAGUAUUGUAACAUUUAAAGCGUGGAGAAGAAGAAUAGAUCUCACCUAUACUCCUUUAGAAUGAAUACAUGACAAUGUAAACGCAAUAUCAUAUUACUCUAUCCUAAGGAAUGCAACUGCACCCAUGCACAAAAAAAAAAGAUGUUUUUAUGAAAAUAUGUGUAUAAAAAAAUAUAUAUGACAAAAUAUAUUUCAUUAGAAUGCUAUGCACCCUCAUAGAGUUGUUAUGGAUGUUCUUUCAGCAUUAUCUAGUUAGCCCAAGCCCACCAUGGGGAAUGUAGAGGCUAUGUAGCUUUGAACACUUUUUUUUUUGUUUUCUAUCGGUCCAGAAGAAGAAGAAAAACAACAAAAUGUAUACAAGACUUUUAAUCAGAACUAUUCUGACGUAAAAAUAUGUAUAGAUCAUCUUACCCUGUACACCAGCUCAAACCAUUUACAAGACUUAAUAAACAAAGAUGUGACAUAUGA